AUGCCCCGAGACAGUCAACAACUUCCCCAUCUCCGCCGCCUCGACAAUGGCAACAUUCAACUUUUCGUCAAGGGUCGACCUUUCCUCAUGUUACCAGGAGAGCUACACAAUUCAUCUCUCAGCUCAGCUCGAUAUAUGGAAACAGUAUGGCCCGCGAUGAAGUCUCAAGGGGUCAAUACACUACUCGGGUCUGUGACUUGGGAGAUGAUUGAGCCCGAGGAAGGUCGAUUUGACUUUUCUGAGCUUGACCGUGUUUUGGCUGGGGCUCGAAAACACGAUAUGCACAUCGCCGUCUUAUGGUUUGGCAGCUACAAAAACGGAAUCUCAACAUAUGUUCCUGAUUGGGUCAAGCGCGAUACCAGGAGAUUUCCACGAGUCCAAGUCCUCGAGGCGGGAGGCAGGAUGCGAACUCUCGAAAUGGUGACUCCUCUAAGCAGUGAGGGGUGCGAUGCCGAUGCACGCGCAUUUGCGGCUUUGAUGCAACAUCUUGCUCAGGUCGACCGUGAAGAAAACACGGUUCUGAUGGUGCAGGUCCAAAACGAGACCGGGCUGCUGGGCGACUCACGAGACCGCUCACGGAGAGCUGAGAAAGCAUUUACAGAACCAGUCCCUGAGGAAUUGUUGACGUAUCUCAGAACAUCAGAGCUUCACUCUCAGUUUAAGAAGCGUUUUUCUCUUCCAGAUACUUCUGACCCUCAUUCAUGGGAAUCUGUCUUUGGAUCGGGGUCGGCCGCUGAUGAGGCUUUUAUGGCCUACCACAUUUCAUCUUACGUCGGACGUGUUGCCUUCGCUGGGAAAAAGAAGUACAUGAUUCCACUAUACACAAACGCGUGGUUGAACUUCGAGGACCCCUCACAAUUGGAUAUGAAAGGAGUUCCAAUUGUGGUUGGGGGUGGUGUGGAACCAGGUGUAUAUCCAUCCGGUGGUCCAUGCCCUCACCUACUCGAUGUAUGGCGGUUCAACACCCAAAGCCUAGACUUUCUCGCUCCGGACCUUUACCUCCAUGACUAUGAAACCAUAUGCCGUCAUUACACCGAACAAAGAAACCCACUCUUCAUUCCGGAACAGCGGCGUGACGAAAAGGGGGCUCGGAGAAUGUGGUUGGCUUACGCUACAUAUGGAGCUCUUGGAGCAAGUCCUUUUGGAAUUGAUACUGGAGCUGAGAUUGCGGGUCGCGAAUUUCGACUCCUUGCUCAGGCUUCUCCGUAUCUCUUGGGCGCCCCUCCGAAGGAUCGUAUGGGUUUCUUUUUCGACGAAGAACCUUCUGAAAAGCUUCCCGAAAGGUGGACACGAGUUUUCGGAGACAUUGAAGUCAUUAUUGAGAGAGCAUUUGUAUUCGGAAAGCCCGGGCCAGGAGCCGGAAUGGUCAUUCAUCUCGGUGAUGCUAAGUUCCUUGCGGUAGGGCGAGGUUUCCAGGUCAGGUUCAGGCCUGUUUCUAGGGAGGCAAUCUUUUGUGGGAUUCUCCACGCAGUGGAAAAGGAAGUCGAUGAUAAGGGGCAAUUGCAAACUUUGAGAAUACUCAACGGCGAUGAAACGAGAAGUGGAGAGUUCUUGAUCAUGCCCAACGAUGAGCCGGACUAUGGAGGAUUCCCGAUUGCAGUUACAAUUCCAGCGAAAACAUGCAUUGCUGAAGUCGAAGCAUACUAUGUGAUUGAAGAGGAUGAUGAUUGA